AUGACAGAUGGAGAAAGAUCGGAAAUUUACCGUGCUUUGUUAGAAAUAAGUGUCAACGGAAAACUAGGGAAAGAUACUACGAAAGAAGUUUCUGAGAUAUUCUCAGUGCCCUUGCAAACAGUACAAAGAAUUUGGAAAAGAGCAAAGGAUACUUCUAAUGGUGGGGUUGUCGAUGUAUCACAUAGGAAGAAGGGAGCUUGUGGUCGCAAAAAAUUGCAGAUUGACUUGGAUCAAGUUGCUGAGGUUCCAUUACAUCGUCGGUCAACAAUGAGGUCACUAGCAGCAGCUUUGGAUAUCAGCCCAACGUCAGUCUUCAAUUGUGUGAAAAAUGGUCUCGUGAGACGUCAUUCCAAUGCCAUCAAACCACAACUAAGAGAAGAUAAUAAGAAAGCCCGGGUAAAAUUCUGCUUCUCUAUGCUUGAUAAAAGUACUUUGCCUCAUCAACCGAAGUUUGUUGAUAUGUACAAUGUUGUACAUAUCGAUGAGAAGUGGUUUUACAUGACUAAAAAGARGGAAACAUAUUAUUUACUUCCCGUAGAAGAAGAUCCGUUGCGGACAUGUCAAAGCAAAAAUUAUAUUYGAAAAGUAAUYUUUUUGGCUGCUAUGGCUCGACCAAGGUUUGAUGGAGAGGGAAAUGAGAUAUUUUCUGGAAAAAUUGGAAUGUUUCCAUUUGUAACCAUGCWAGAAGCUCAGAGACGGAGUAGAAACAGAGAUGCAYGAACUAUGGAAUUAAAACCGAUGGUCUCCAUCAAGAGAGAGGAUAUAAAAAAAUGUUUGAUUGAAAAGGUUCUUCCCAAAAUCCGUGAGAAAUGGCCGAGAGAAGACUUUGGGAAAACUAUUUUUAUUCAACAAGAUAAUGCUAGGACGCAUGUUGAUAUCAAAGAUGAAGAAUUUAGAGAAGUUGCGUCACGACAUGGGUUUGAUAUUCAGUUAAUGUGUCAGCCGCCGAAUUCACCAGAUUUGAACAUUUUGGAUCUUGGCUUUUUUCGGGCUAUUCAGACAUUGCAACACAAAGUUUGUCCCAAAACGGUAGAAGAACUUGUUACCGCAGUGGAGAAAGCAUUUGAUGAAUAUCCUCCAAAACAAGUAAACCYGAUUUUUUUGACUCUGCAAUCAUGUAUGCUAGAGAUCAUGAAAAUAGGAGGCUCCAACAGAUACAAAAUUCCACAUUUGAAGAAAGARAGAUUGGAAAGAGAAGGUCGUCUCCCUAUCCAACUGACUUYCGAUCCCAUCAUAAUACAAGAGGGCGUUGCACCAUCAUCGAGAAUCUUGUUCAAAUCAAAUUUAUUUUUGACGUUUAGAUUCUCCAAAUCAGCUGAUUGA